AUGGGUGCUACUAAAACAACAGUACAAGGUAAGAAAUCAAAUUUCAAGUUACUACUUACUACCAAAAGGGUUGAAGUUGAUUCUGGAUUGAAAAAGUAUGAAUUUAUAGAAAAAGCAUCCCACUUUGAUGAGAAUGAGUGCUCUAAUUCAAAGGAAAAAUCCUCUAUGACAGGUUCCAUCAAGAGAGGACCACAAGGUAUUAUCGAGGGCCAUAAAGAGAAAAGGCAGAAGAUAGAUCGGAAAACAUCUCUUCUGUGUACUGCCAUUCUGAAGAGUCUAACAUCCCACAGACAUGGCUGGGCUUUUAAUAAGCCAGUGGAUCCUGUGGCAUUGAAUAUUCCAGAUUAUUUUACAGUCAUAUCUCAUCCCAUGGAUUUAGGCACUAUUAAAUCCAAGCUGGAAAAAAAUAUUUACUUUAGCAUUGAGGAAUUUGCAGCUGAUGUUAGAUUGACCUUUUCAAAUGCCAUGACAUAUAAUCCUCCUAUGAAUGCUGUUCAUUUAAUGGCAACGGAGCUCAAAAAAAUAUUUGAGAGAAAAUGGAAAGACUUGGAGAAAAAAUGCAAGUGUGAAAAUGAGAAUGAAAAAAAUUUGACUGGAGCAGUGAGGGGACAUGUGAGAAAAUUUUGUAAUAGGAUGCGUCCCCUGCAAAAGGAUACCUUGCCCAAAAAGAUGCAAGUACCUGAAAUGAAAGAAAUUCAGAAGAUUAGUUCAUUGGAUGGAAGACAUGCUAAAGUUGAGGUUCCUAAGUCGUUACAGACUCGUUGCAAAUUGAUUCAGAAAAACUUACACAAAGUAUGUGAAGGGGCUGCAAGUUGUCUCGAUAGUGAACAUGGAUGUUAUACUUCUCACCUUACAUCACCUGUUACUGAUUCCCUUUCUAGAGAAGAAUGGAGCACUCCUGUUUAUGAUGUACUGUUAUCACCCAAACAGGCUAUCCGUGUUGCUACACUGAAGCGCCGCUUUGCAGAUACUAUCCGUAAAGCACAAAAUGAAACACUUUUGGACCAGCAUUAUUCCCCAACUCCUUUUGCCUUUCUUUGUUUAGGGUGUGAAAAUGAAGAUGCAAAAGGAAAGGGAAAGGAAGCAGCAUGA